CUCUGUAGGCAAGCAGGAGGUUAGCCAGGGAGCUACCACUGGAUUGGAAAGCUACAGGAAGCGAAAGCGAAGCACCAGGAGAACCGUUCACUUUUUCAGUCCACGAAAACAUCCCCCUCCUUGGAGAGUAAACACUCGGAAGAACUCGUGAUGGCUUUUUUGAUCAAGAGCAUGAUUGGGACCCUGUCAGGAAUAGGUCUUGGUGGUGGAGGCGACAAAGAGGAGGAGGCCACUCCGUCAGAUCCUGCAAAAGCAGCUGGGAUGACGCGCGAGGAGUAUGAAGAGUACCAAAAACAGUUGGUAGAGGAGAAGAUGGAAAGGGAUGCAGAUUUCUUACACAAAAAGGCAGAGCGGGCAACGCUGAGAGUGUGUCUCAGGGACAAAUACAGACUGCCAAAGAGCGAGCAGGACGAGAACAUGAUAGAGAUGGCCGGGGACGAUGUGGACGUGCCCGAGGAGCUGCUCAAGAUGGUGGACGAGGACGCCACGGAGGAGGAGGGCAAGGACUCCCUGAUGGGCCAGUUUCAAAACCUGCAGAACAUGGACAUGGACCAGCUGAAGAAGGCCUCGGCCACGGUGACCGAGCUGAAGAGCAAAGCAGAGGAGAAGUGCUCUGUCAUGUGAACAACCCAGGGUGGCAAAAGCAAAUGGUGGAAAGGCAGGGAUUGUCAAGAUAAAAAUUUAACAUAUUGCUUGGAAUAAACCAAGUUGUGAGUCUGAGGAUCUAUACAUUUGUUGAGAAUAAGCCCUCUCUCAUGUAAUGUCACAUUAUUUGAUUCAAAUUAUAACAAGAAAUUAUAUUAAAACCAUCAGAAAAUCUGCUAUAAAGUUUUCCUUUCAGAGUUUUUUUCUUCUUUUUUUUUUUUUGCACAAAAAUUUGCAGUUCAUUAUAAUGUAUCAAUGGUGCCCAAUCCUUCCACUCUUACUGUUCAGUGUCGUCAUGAAAUGAGACAGGUUAGUCUCUAUGAAUGCGUGCGUGUGCAUGUGUGUGUGUGUGAGUGUGUGU